AUGUUGUCAAGCAUAAAAGAUUUUCUUCACCGACACCGAAGGAAAUUCAUCACAACCGGCGUCGUUAUCGGUGGUAGUGUUUUCCUGCUGAAAUGGUUACAGUACAAGCUGCGGGAGCUGCAGGAAAAGCAGGCAAAGGAGAUUGGCGAGAAGUUGAAGCGAAUGCAGCAUUACGAGUGUACCGAUCGUACGUGCAAUCAAACGACGCUGGGUUUGGUGCAGGUUUUAUCCGAACGGGUCCAUCAAAGUCUCAACACCGACGAUAUACUGUUGAAGCUGCGCAACAAUCCGGCUAACAAGUUGGAACUGUGGGAAGAGCUGCGGAUCGUUGCUUUUACACGGCUCGUAACGCUCGUGUAUGGUGCCUCGCUUCUGGCCGUUACGCUGAGGGUACAGAUCAACAUUCUUGGAGGGUAUCUGUACAAAGCAACGGUGGAUGAGGGUCAGCAAAUUAGUGCCCAACAGCAGCAGACGAUAUCGAAGCAAGUACAGACGGCUUAUCUGUCCCUGAUACAGCACUUUAUGCGGGAUGGGUUGAAACGUUUGAUCGACAUCAUCCGCAAGAAUGUGACCGUGGUGAUGCAGCGAUACAGCUUAAAGCAUCAACUAACGUUGGCCGAUACGGAAACGCUUCUAUGGUCGAUCGAGAUGGCACUGAACAGUGAGAAGGAAAACCCGAUCGAUGCAAUCGCUACUUACACACUGCCCAAUCCGGACGCUACGCUCGCGAGUGUUGACGGCGUUUUCAGCCAAAUGUUUCAGGAAACGUUGGACGUGCUGGAAAGUGUCGAAUCAACGCAAGUCGGGCUUACCAACGUCAGCAUCGGCUUUUCAAAGAUCAUGGACCAACUGGCCAACUAUUACGUGACGUCAAGCGGUGCGAACAAAAGCGCCAAAUCGAACCUAAACGUAGAAAGCAUCACCAACAUUAAUGGAAUAAAAAUUUCCUUCGCCAAGCUCAUUCCGAUCGUGAAUGGGUUGGUGAGUAGUGCGCCACUGCCGGCUAACAAUGUCAACGUAACAGUUGGCAAUGGGCUGGUACCAUCGCUACCGGACGAUACGGACCUGAUGUCGUCGAUGAUUGUUCAUUUCCUGCACUCGGAAAAGCUCCGAACGCUCGGGGCCAACGUUUACGAAACAUUCUGUCAGUAG